GCAGCCAAAACCCUAGUCUUACCACAGUGUAAAGGAAGAACGCAAAGAAUAGAAUUCAGCGGGGGAAAAUGUCGGGUGGUAUUGCGCGCGGCCGUCUCGCCGAGGAACGCAAGGCAUGGCGCAAGAAUCAUCCUCACGGUUUCGUCGCGAAGCCGGAGACGCUGCCUGAUGGUUCCGUCAAUCUAAUGGUCUGGCACUGCACGAUCCCCGGCAAGCAAGGGACAGAAUGGGAAGGUGGUUUCUUCCCUCUAACACUCCAUUUCAGCGAGGACUACCCCAGUAAACCCCCCAAGUGCAAGUUCCCUCCAGGUUUCUUUCAUCCAAAUGUUUAUCCAUCUGGUACCGUUUGCCUAUCAAUUCUCAACGAGGACAGCGGAUGGAGACCGGCCAUCACCGUGAAACAGAUCCUUGUAGGAAUACAGGAUUUGCUUGAUCAGCCAAAUCCAGCUGAUCCUGCUCAGACUGAUGGAUACCAUCUCUUCAUUCAGGAUCCGGUGGAGUACAAAAUCAGGGUGAAGCAACAGGCAAAGCAAUAUCCUCCGCUGGUUUAGGGUAAAUGUUUGAUAUUGUCUGUAACAUGUUUGGUUCAUUUAACUUUUGUGAUUACUCUUUUGAAGAUUAUUCGAUUGGAAUUGGAGUGCGUGUGAUUACUGGAGUUGGUAUUUUACAUGUACUGGAUGAUAUAUGUGGCUUUAUCUGGUGUUUUUAUAU